AUGCAGGACCAGGCCGGGGCCGCCUCCGGCUCCGGGGAUCCGGACCCUCCGCCGGAGCACGCCGGCGGCGAGGGCGGCUCCUCCUCCGCCGCGGCCGCCGCCAGGCUCCCCUCCCGCAACGCCUCCUCCAAGUACGACUUCGUCAAGGUCAAGGUCUGGCUCGGGGAGAACGCCGACCACUACUACGUCCUCUCCAGGUUCCUCCUCAGCAGGAUGCUCACCGUCACCAAGAUUCCGAACCACGUCGCCAUUAAGAUUGCCCUUGAGCUCAAGAAGUUGCUCGUCGACAACAGCCUUCUUGAUGUUUCACAGAGUGACUUAGAGGCCAACCUUUUCAAGCUAAUGGAGAAAAGGGGAUAUGGAGAGGACUACAUUAAUCGAUAUAAGAUGAUGACAAGAUUCCAUCAUCAAAGAGUACCACUAGUAAUUUUGGUGUGUGGAACUGCUUGCACUGGAAAAUCAACAAUUGCUACACAGCUAGCUCAAAGGCUCAACCUACCAAAUGUUUUACAGACAGACAUGGUAUAUGAGUUGUUGCGGACAUCAACAGAUGCCCCGCUAACUUCAGUACCUGUGUGGGCUCGGGAUUUUAAUUCACCUGAAGAACUUAUCACCGAAUUUUGCAGAGAAUGCAGAGUUGUUCGCAAAGGUUUGGCUGGUGAUUUGAAGAAAGCAAUGAAAGAUGGGAAGCCAAUUAUAAUAGAGGGAAUUCAUUUGGAUCCAAGCAUUUACCUGAUGGACGAGGAGAAUGCAGAUGACAAUUCCAGAAUUGAGAAAAAGGUUGAAUCUGGAAAUUCAUCCAUCUCUGCAGAAAAGAAAACAGAACAGCAAUCAGAAAAUGGUCUACCUGAGAACAUUGUAAGUGUUCUAAAGGAAGAUAUCAUACAAAGCCAGGACUGCCUGCCUGAGAGUAGGACCAGUGAAGGUCUGUCUGGUGCUGACAGCCAUGAGAUUACCUCUUCUGAUUCUGAAGAGAAAAUUCUCAAAGCUGAAGGCAAUGGACAAAAGGAUUUGGACCAACAGAAGAGCAACAGUGCCAAGAAAGACAAGCCUGCUGCUGAACCGAUAGUUGUUCCAAUUGUGUUGAGGAUGUCUGAUUUUGAUCACAAGGCAUUGUUAGAGGAAUGGAUAGCCACUAGAGCUAUCAGAGAUAAUUGCCUUCCUCAGGAUCAUCGAAAGCUUAUAAACAACCUCAAACUUAUUCAGGAUUAUCUUUGCUCUUUUGAGGCACAGGGAUUGACUGUUGUUGACAUCUCAGCAAACUCGUUUCCUCAAACGUUAGAUUGGCUUCAUGGCUAUCUUCUUCAGUGCAUUGAGCGCGGCCUUCUGGCUGCAUGUUCAGAAGGCCCCAAGCAAUAG